GAGUGCUUUAACUUCAUCACACUUUGUUCAGGCAGACAGUGAGAAUACUAAAGAAGCUUGAGACACUCUUGACCAAAGACCAGAAAACAACAAGGAAAAUGGCAUCAUAUCCUGGUGUGUUCGACAUCGGCUGCGGCUGGAUGUAACCGAUCGGCGAGAUUAGCCGCGUGCAGGCGGGGAGGAGCUGAAAACGGAGACGUGAAGUCGGACGCGCUGUGCUUCCCGUAGUUUGCGACUCUCAUAUGAGGAUUGUGCUGUUGGGUAAAACUGGAUCAGGAAAGAGUGCAACAGGAAACACAAUACUGGGCAAAAAAGCGUUCGCAGUAUCUGGUAGCUCUAUGUCUGUCACUCGAUUUUGUGAAAUACAAGAAGCAGAAGUGGAGGAAAAAGACAUCACAGUUGUAGACACUCCAGGACUCUUUGAUACAUCAAUGAGUGAAGAAGAUCUGAAAAAUGAGAUUAAAAAGUGUGUCACCAUGUCUGCUCCUGGCCCUCAUGUGUUCCUGCUGGUCAUCAGAUUGGAUGUGAGAGAGACAGAGGAGGAGAAGAAUACAGUGAAAUGGAUUAAGAAGAACUUUGGAGAAAAGGCCAUGCAGUACACAAUGAUUCUGUUCACUAAAGAAGAUCAGUUAGAUCUGCCAAUAAAGCAAUACAUAGAAAAUAGUGAACAUCUAAAACAGCUGGUUAAUGAUUGCAAGGCUGGAUAUCACUGUUUCAAUAACAAAGAUACACAAAAUCAAGCACAGGUUAGAGAAUUGUUUGAGAAGAUAGACAGACUGGUGAUGGAGCAUGAAGGUGAACAUUACACUAAUGAGAUGUACCAAGAAGUUCAGAGAAAACUCACAGAAGAAAAGAUGAAAAUGAAACAACUCUAUGAGAAAAACAUGAAGCAAAUGAAAGAGAACAUGAAACAAAAGGAAGAAAGUAUGAAACAAAUGGAAGAGAACAUGAAACAAAUGAAAGAAAAAAAUAUGAAUACAUGGGACACUGCAUCCCUGGCAGAUAUGUUUGCAGAGGGAAAUUUUAAUGCUACUGGUUUUCAAGCAUUUUUCUCUAAACGUAACUUACUGAUAGCAGCAAGCGCCGUGCAUGGAUUGAUUGUGAUAUGGAUAAUAUGCAACGGUUCGCCAAGAAAAGUGCUAACAAGUUUUUCGACAAUGUCUUCAUUUCAAGUGGCAAUUGAUCAAUCACCAGUGCUUCUAGAAUAUCUGUCUACGGUUAUUAAACGGCUAUUUAUCAAGUAAUUUGCAGAUUUUUCCCUCUCCAUGACUAAUACGAUAGCUCAAUACUGCUGAUGAAGAUAUUUUUUUCCCUACAAAUGCUAAUAUAACUACUCACAUGCAAAUCCACUCUUUUAUUAUACCAUGUAAAUCUCAGUUAUAUCUAUAGCAUUUUUUCCUUUUUUCAAGAUUAAUAAUGUGUUUGGUGGCCAGAUAUUUACUGUACAUUAAUGUGUACUUUGAGGAAUUUAAGUUACAUUUAAGCAUACUAUACAUGUUUAUGUCUUUAGGGGGACUGCUGACAUCCGAUCUCAUUAUUCUGAAAAUAUGUUUUGUGUACAGAAUAUAGCUCACUAUUUUGACUUUUUAAAUACAGACAGAGGAAUCUGCAUUUGAUGUAACAGUUUCAUAGUCAUUUUACAACAUCCUAAAUAACUUAGUAUUCUGGUUAACCAUUAAGACAGCAACUGUAAGAGCUGUGAAACAGUCCAGUCCAGACUGAACUAUUGUAAUGUUGAUAUGAUUGCUUUUAUUGUUCACCUCAUUUGUUAAAUGAUUACCUGUAAAUGUGAUGGGAUGUAAAAUAAGACUAUACAAA